AUGACUGCGGCAGAGCUGCAUUUCGAGAUGGAAAAGGAGCAAGAAGCGCGAGUCAAUCGCCUUUCGCGAGAAUUGAGUCAAUUGCACCAACAAGCAGCCUCAAUUAUGUCCGGUGCAUCCUCAAGGUCUGCCAGUUUGAAUGACCCACAGGACUACGCGCCUCUUUUUAAUCCGAGAUCACGAAACCCGUCAUCUUCCUCUUUCGGUAUACCCAGUUUUGCGGUUGGUACGUCUCUGACGAGCGUCAGCGGUAUCACUCCGCCGCGGGAUAGCGUAGUCCUCCCUCGUCCAGCAUUGGAUCAUCACCGUGGAAAAAUCAGCCGGGAACCCUCUCUUACGUCUCCGGGGCUGUCGGGCACCUCCUCCCCUGCGCUGAUGUCGUCGCUUCAGCGACCUGGAGAAAAACCCAUAUCCUCGAAUCAUCCCAGCCCCAAUAAUCACUUGGGCUCUUCGGCGUUUCGUCCUUCCCCGACGCUCACGGACGACUCUCGGUGCGGUAGACUCCCGUCGUCCAGUAUAGCGGCCCGCUACGAAGAAGCAACUGCUCGUAAAGCUGAGUUAGAUGCCGCAAGGAGGGAGAAUGAGGUUUUACGUCGUCGAGUUCGGGAGCUUGAGAUGAUCCUUGGGCAAUACAGGCGUUCUAGCCCUACAAGACAGGCCAGCGGCUCGACAAGGAUUUCAAGUCUUACCGUCAGUUUAGCAGACGCCUCCAUUGACGACAAUCAUUGA